UAUGACGGAAUUGCUAUGUACAUAAUAGCUUUACUGGUGUGUGCAUUUCUAACAUGUUUGGGUAUGACCUUCCUUAUAUUGGCGUGCGCUGUACCACAACCGAAGAUUUUCUACCCGUUCUUUGUAUUACUAUUUUACGUAUUAUCCGUGUUACCGGUAUUCGUAUCUAAACGCUUCAAUCAAGGCAAUGAAACUAAUCCAAAGACGGAGUUCGCACUAUUUCUCUGUGCUGGUAUGGUGCUGAGUGCCUUCGCUUUUCCAAUUGUACUGGCGCAUAGUCAAGUGAUUACUUGGACUGCCGCCACACUUACAUUAAUCAGUAAUGUGAUUAACUAUUUAACUAUAUUUGGUUAUUCAAUGAGAGAUAGUGAAUUCGAUGCACCCUACGGUGGCAUGUUCUAAAUACUAGUUUUUUACAAUUUUUGUUUUGUUUUUGUUCUUGAAAAUAACUGAAUGAAGAGACUCUUUACGCAAAAGGACUGCAAUGACUUCAAAUAGUCGUGUCUACAUGAAACAUAAAAAACAAACAACAACAAAAUAAUUAUCAUCAACGUAAAUACAACGCAAUGUUAACUAACGAUUUGAAGUGACAUUUUCCCGUUGGAUAUGAGUGUAAGCGUCGUCGAGAUUCUAGUAGAUUUUGCAAAGGCUAAGAGUAUACCAUACGCAUUGCAGUUGUACACAGAAACACAUAUAUGAAGUAAAAAUAUUUAGUUGUAAGUUGAAAAGCUUUUUGUAUCUAAAAUUAAUGUGCUAAGUAAGAAAUUACUACCAAUUAGCACAUUUUUUGUUUCGAAAAAAUCAUCAGAGUCGGGCAAAAAUUAAACUAACCAAAUUAUGCAAUUUCAAGAGACACGAUAAACGAAAAAAUAAAUAAAUGUAUGUUGUAAACUUGA